CAAGGCCAGGUUGGACAGGGCUGGAGCAACCUGGUCUGUGGAAGGUGUCCCUGACCGUGGGAGGGAUUGAAUGAGGUGAACUUCCAAGUCUCUUCCAGCCCUAUCAUGGUGUGAUAUCACCAUGACAUCAGGGUCAUCACAGUCUGCCCUUCCUUACAGGCACCUCAGGGAAGGAACCAUGCCCAGGAUCACUCUGAACGGGAUCACAGUGGAUUUCCCCUUCCAGCCCUACCCAUGCCAGGAAGCCUACAUGGCCAAGGUGCUAGAAUGCCUGCAAAAGAAGGUGAAUGGCAUUUUGGAGAGCCCCACAGGCACAGGGAAGACCCUCUGCCUGCUGUGUUCCACCCUGGCCUGGCGGGAGCACUUCAAGGACACCAUCUCAGCCCGGAAAAUCGCGCAGCGCAUGAACGGGGUGGAGCUCUUUCCUGACAGACCUGUGUCCUCCUGGGGCACUGCUGCCACAGAUGGAGAUGUCCCAACUUAUUACACUGACAUUCCAAAAAUAAUUUAUGCCUCCAGGACUCACUCCCAGCUUACACAGGUCAUUAAUGAGCUAAAGAACACAGUGUACAAGCCAAAGAUUUGUGUGCUGGGAUCCAGGGAGCAGCUCUGCAUCAAUCCUGAAGUGAAGCGACAGGAGGGCAACCACAUGCAGAUCUACAUGUGCCGAAUGAAGGUGAUGGCUCGUGCUUGUCAUUUCUACAACAAUGUGGAAGAAAAGAGUACAGAGAAAGAGCUGAUUGAGUCAAUCAUGGAUAUUGAAGACUUGGUUAAAAAUGGAAACAAGCACAGAGCUUGUCCUUAUUAUCUCUCUCGAAGCCUGAAGCAGCAAGCAGACAUUAUUUUUAUGCCUUACAACUAUUUACUAGACUCAAAGAGCAGGAAAUCACACAACUUGGACCUGAAGGGGACUGUGGUGAUACUUGAUGAAGCCCACAAUGUGGAGAAGUUGUGUGAAGAGUCCUCUUCUUUUGAUUUGACUCCCUAUGAUUUGGCUUCAGCAGUGGAUGCAAUAAAUGUUGUCCUGGAGGAGCAAGCCAAAGUGGUUCAACAGAAUGAAAUCAAUGCUGAAUUCAACAUGGAGUUGGCCAGUUCAGGACUGAACAUGGAACUGGAAGAUAUAGCAAAGAUCAAGAAAAUUCUUCUUCAGCUUGAAAGCGCUAUUGAUGCAGUGGAGCUGCCAGCAAAUGGUAGUGGAGUUACCAAAGAGGGAAGCUACAUCUUUGAUCUGUUUGCAGAGGCCCAAAUAACACUGCAGACCAAAUCCUCCCUCUUGGAGUCCCUGGAGCAGAUUUUACAAUUUCUCACAGGCCGUACUGGAAUAUUUAUCAAUACAUCUGGAUUACAUAAGGUCUCAGAUAUUAUCCAGACAGUGUUCAGCAUUGAUCCCCCAGAAGGAGUCACAACAGGGUUCCUGCCACGUCAGGCAAUAUCUAAAUAUUACAAGGUACAUAUUCAUGUGGAUAAUGGUAAUCAGAAAAAGAAACAAAGGACAGAUCUCUGGAAUUCGUCAUCUUCCAAAAAACAAGGGAAGACUUUAAGCUAUUGGUGUUUCAGCCCUGGGUACAGCAUGCAUGAGCUCGUUCGACAGGGAGUCAGGACAAUCAUCCUCACCAGUGGGACACUCUCCCCCCUCUCAUCAUUUACCAUGGAAAUGCAGAUCCCUUUUCCUGUUUGCCUGGAGAAUCCUCAUGUAAUUGAUAAACACCAGCUCUGGGUAGGGAUCAUUCCAAAGGGGCCUGAUGGAGCUGUGCUUACUUCCACCUAUGAAAGAAGGUUUUCAGAGGAUUAUUUAUCUUCUCUGGGAAAAACAAUUGGUAACCUGGUGCGAGUUGUGCCACAUGGGCUGUUGGUGUUCUUCCCAUCAUAUCCUGUCAUGGAUAAGAGCCUGGAAUAUUGGAGAGAGCACGAUUUUGCCAAAAGAAUAGAAGAGGUGAAGCCGAUGUUUGUGGAACCCAGGAACAAAGGAAGCUUUUCAGAGGUUAUUGAUGCCUACUAUGAUAAAGUCACCUGUCCUAAGUCCAAUGGAGCUGCAUUUCUGGCAGUGUGUCGGGGCAAGGCCAGUGAAGGCUUGGACUUUGCAGACAUAAAUGGAAGAGGAGUCAUCAUUACUGGGCUUCCAUUUCCCCCUCGUAUGGAACCCAGAGUCAUUUUAAAGAUGCAGUUCCUGGAUGAGAUGAGGAGAAGUGGUGCAGGUGCACAGUAUCUGUCUGGGCGUGAGUGGUACAGCCAGCAGGCGUCCCGGGCUGUCAACCAGGCCAUCGGCCGCGUCAUCAGGCACCGCCAGGACUAUGGGGCCAUCUUCCUGUGUGACCACAGGUUCACAACUUGUGAUGUCAGAGGCAAGCUGCCUUCCUGGGUCCGUCCCUACGUGAACGUUUAUGACAACUUCGGACACGCGGUCAGAAGCGUCUCCCUCUUCUUCCGUGUUGCUCAAGAAAUUAUGCCCCCACCCCUGCCUCAGUGCCCUCCUGGACGUACUGGUUCCCUAAGUGAAAGCAGUGCAACACCAUCAACUUCAUCUGAGCAAAUCCUCUCCCUGCAAAAAGCUAAAAACCUGGAUGACCAUGUUCCAAGUUUGAAGAGGAAAAGGAAAGUAAAUGGAGAUGGAGCACCCAGCCUGUGUGUGGAGUAUGAGCAAGAGUUUGUCUCACCCCGAAGAAAAUGUGUUGGGCUCUUGGAUGCCUUGGAACGCAGUGAGAAGAGCAGUGAAGAUGCAGAGGAGGAAACUGAUUUGCCAGGAGAGGAAAAGGCACAUCGUCUGUCCACACUUUCCCUUCAGUAUGAGAAGAGAUUAACAGAUGAGCAGAAAGGAGGAAGGAAGAAAAUAAAGCUAGUCAGCAAUACACAGGAGCGGAGAGCAGAGCCAGCAGAGCCCAAGAAGGCGCGAGCCACGUUUUACAUCGCCACGGUGAAGGACACCCUGAGCCAGCAGAACUACGAGCUCUUCUCCAAGGCCCUGCAGCAGUACAAGAAGACAGAUGACUUCCAUGCCAUGCUGUCCCAAAUGAGCUCCCUCUUCUUAGAGGAUGAAAAAAAGCACGUCUUGCUGCGAGAUUUUUACCAGUUUGUUCGACCCCAGCACAAAAAGCAGUUUGAUGAAGCGUGCUGCAAUCUGACUGGAAUGGGCUGUGGCUACAAACCUGAGCACAGCCUCCCACGGGAGGAGAGGGAGAUCCUGGCCAAGAAAAUGGAAGAAAAACAAAGCCAGCAGAAAAGUACAUUCUCCAAGGCCUCGUGUGCUCAGCUGAACACUGGGCUCCACCUGAACCAAGGAGGAUCCCACUUGGCAACAGGACUGAAUAGUGCAGGGCAGAAUGCCAGUGCAGUUCCAAGGAAGGAGGCUGAAAAGGCUCCAGCCUCCAGGAGAGAGCAUCACCAGGCCCUCAGGACUGCCUAUCUCAGUGAUGUGCAGAGAGCUUUGGAUAAAAGCAGCUACAGCCAGUUCUAUGAGGCUCUGCUGGCUUACAAGAAGACGGAUAAUUACGAUGCCAUGGUGUCGGUGAUAGCAGCCCUGACCACGGAGAGGCCACAGGACUUUCAUCUCCUACAAAGGUUUUACAUGUUUGUGCGUCCUCACCACAAAGAGCAGUUCAGAGAGCUGUGUAAGGAUUUGACUGGAAUGGUCUGUGGUGAUGGAGAGAAGGAACUGCAACAACUGGAGCAAAGUCAAGUGAAACCCCAGAGCUUGGAGAGCUGCACAAAAAGAAUCAGCCAUGUACAAGACGCAGCCCCUUCUAAGAGUGGGGCCCCAGAAAAAAUUCAGAGUAAGAUUUCCUCCUUCUGCUUUAGCCAGAAAAGUGAACUUCAGUUGCCAAAGACUGAAGUGUCCAAAGAAACCAAUAAUGUGAGAGCACCCACAGACCCUGGAGUUGUGCCCAUCUGUCCUGUAGAGAUGGAACCAGAGUGUGGUGGUGAAGAGGUGCCCCAAGUGCUGCAGUGAUGUAAAGAAGAAAAGAUUACUCCAAGUUUUCUUCUGGUCCUGAUCCUAGCCACAGAAAGGGCAGGAAGCCCUUUGUGCCAGCAGCAGGCAGUGGCUGUGCUCUGGCUCUUGCUGAGCAGGAGCAGGAUGGAGGUUCCUUUAAAUCCCUGGGAUCUUUGUCUCUGGAGUAUGAGCUGAGCACCAGCCUGGAUUGUUUUCUAACCAAGGUGAUCAGCUCUGAAAGAUCUGACUGCAGGAGACAAAGCUGAAUAUAAUCCUCUGUUAGAACUAAGAAAGCCACUUUUUUACUUAUUUUAUACUCUGAAUUCUCCUGUGGCCACUCUUAGGCUGAAAUUUUCUAUCCUGGAGGCAUCUAUCCUUUUUUUUGGCCCUUCAGGUUGUGGAAAAACCCCAGGAAUGCUCCCACAAUGGAACUGAGCUGGCUGAGGAGGUCAGACUCCCAUCCCCACCCCAGGGAUGUUCCUGGAAGAGGUGAUUUGCAGUCACUGUUUGGGGUUUGGCACCCCAUUGUCUCCAGCAGCAGAAGAUACUGAAAGGAGCCUUUUUUACAAACUCCUCUGGGGGAUGGUGAGCAGAAGCUCCCUCUCAUCUGCUGUGCACCCCAAAGCCUGAUUCCAUCAUCCACCACGCUGGGAUUUUUUGGAACAUGCUUCUGAAGAGGCUUUAUUCUUCACUCAGUGCUGGUAUUUCCAUCUGCCUGUGUUACCUAAUUUGCCUUCCAAGAAAAAGAAGGAGCUAAAUUAUUUAAAACUUUUAAAUUAAUCAAGUUAGAUGGGUUAAAAAAAAACUCCUUAAUACUCCCACUCUCUGUGAGUAGUGUGUAUAAGUGGUUAACCUAAAAAAUUGUAUCCAUUUUAAAUCUUCUGCAGCUGCUGUAAAUUAGACUGUAAAAUAAAACUAUUUUGUCUAAAUUUGGUUUGGUUAGAUUUAAAAAAAAGGAAUUUAAAAAAACCACCAGGUAUAAAAACAUUGGAUAUUGAGUCCUAAUGGCCCUGGUAGGAGCAAGUGGAAAAACUGUAGCCUGUAGGUGAUUUUCAUAUCAAUGGAAUUUGGAAAAUUUUAUGUUAAUGAAAUGUUAUUCUUAAUAAAAUUGAAAAGUGAGCUGCAUUUUAACAAAGUUUCCUAUUUCCCCUGGUUGUAGAAUUCAAGCUCAGUGUUGCUUAAAGUCUCAGUGUUGCUGGCAGUGAAAUGGAACUUCUGUACUUCAUUAACUAUUAAAAUAACAAAGGCUUAGGCAGGAAUUCAUGUAGUUCUGGGCUAUUAUAUAUUAUCAUGUUAAAAUUUGUGGAUGAAUGUUACCUUCUGGCCAUGUAUCUAUUCAGUGCAGCAAAGCAAAAGUAAUGCAGAUAAAGCUCUAGAUGUUUCAGAUGUAAGUGGGGGAAAUGACAGAAAAAUGUUAUGUAAAUACAGGUGUGUUGUAAAAAUGACCAGAAGAAUAUUUGGAGUGAGGCUGGGAGCAGUGGGCAGUGCAAUGUUGUUUCUUGGUGGGUAGCUCAGUGCCAGCUCUGCUGGGAAGGUCUCUGCCAGGAAAGCUGCAGCUGAGUGCUUGUGCCACUGGAGGGAAACCACAGCACAGCUCUGCUCGGGUUUGCUGAUGGAAAUUACCUGCUGUGGGCUGCAGCAAUGCUGCCAGAUCCUGCAGGACAGAAGGAAACACUUGAGAAGUAUUGUGGGGAGAAGAAUUGCCCCCCAUGCUUGGGAAGGGGUCACAAAUAUGAUGCUGUUCUUUCCCCACAGCUAAAGUAGUUUUAAGGCUGUGCUUUUUCCUGGAGUUGUUUCACUUUGAAGACUGUUCCUCUGUUCUGAGGCAGGGCAGAGAAGCAAUGCUGAGAAUAUCUCAGUGCCUUCAAGAGAUUCACAGAAUGGUUGGGGGUGGAAGGGACCUCUGGAGAUCACCCAGUCCUCCCCC